AUGUGCACCUACAUCCUCACGCUGCACAGAGGUUGCUCGCACAAGCAGUAUCAAAACACCUUCAAGUGCAUCUCGGCGCGAGGCAGCGUGCUCAACCGGUCCUUGGGCAGCCUCACCCUCGACCAAACCAUCCACCUGCCUGACGCCCUGCCGCUGGAGAUGCCGGACCCGAUGUGCAACCAGAUAACCAGGGUGGCGACGAGGCCUGUGGAGGGGCAGUGUCGUGCCUGUGUGAGGAAGGAGAGGGAGAUGAGGGCUCGGGAGAAGGAUGCCCAACAGGCCCGGGAAGGUGCGACUACGGCAGCGGGCGUCCGGACGAGCAUCCUUGGUCUGGAGCGGCUUGUCGCGGCGACGAAGCCGUUGGACCUGGACGAGUGA